AUGGAAAACCUCGAGAAACGCACUAUGAGAUUAGAAGACGCAGUAAAAGAUAACGCAAAAGUGUCCGAUAUAACUGAAACAAAUGUCACGCAGUGCGCCAAGGGUGACGAUCUCAAAGAGAUGUUUUCGAAAUGCAUGAAUGAGCUACAAAGAAAAAUUGAUUCAAUGACAAGUCAAUUGAAGAAAAUAUCGACCAACCUUUAUACAGCGGAGCCUCCAAUAUCAGAGGACAGAAGACGACGAAGUCAACAUGAUGACAGAUCGCAAAACGCUCGACGCAGUGAAUCAUCACGAGGCGACAGAGAGCACGAUAAUAUGCAACGUAGCGAGUCAACACGACGAGAACACGAAAAAUUCCAUCGUAACAGACGCUCAAACUCAUCGCAUGAAGAAGAUGAUUAA